UCAUCAUCCUCAUCAGCAUCUUCAGCAUCUUCACUAUCACCCACCCAGUCCAACCACUUCUACCAAAAUGUCCAUCGUCGUGAGAAACGUGUCCAUCAUCGGUGCCACCGGUACCCUCGGCUCUCGCAUCGCCAGCGCCUUGAAGGCUGCCGGCCACAAAGUGACCGCCAUCCAGCGGAAAGACUCCAGCAAGCCCGUCCCCGAGGGCCUCAACACCGUCAAGGUCGACUACCAGAACAAGGAGGAGCUUGUCUCCACAUUCACCGGACAGGAUGUUGUCAUCAGUGCCAUUCCCUUCCCUCAGCUCGAUUCGGAAAAGAUCGUCAUCGACGCCUGCAUCGCUGCAUCCGUCCGACGCUUCAUCCCCUCCGAAUUCACCACCAUGCUGGAAUCCCCCCUAUCCAUCAACCUGCCCAUCGCAAAGGAGAAGGUCCUGGUCCGUCAGUACCUCAACUCCGUAAUCACCAGCACCGCCGGCCCAACUACCUGGACGUCCGUCAACAACGGCGCUUUCUUCGACAUGGCUCUCAAGUUCGGAGUCUUGGGCCCUAACCCUAUGGCCAAGAAGACAGUUUUCCAUAACGGAGGCGAUCAGCCCAUUGCCGUCUCGACUCUGUCUGAUAUCGCCACCGCUAUUGUCAAGAUGCUGGAGAGUGAGGCCAAGUUCGAGGCUGCUGCCAACCAGCCCGUCUAUAUUUGCUCUGCGGCGGUUACGGAGCGUCGUUUGACCGAGCUGGUCUCGGAGGUCACGGGCAUUGACUUUGGCACUCCGGAGGUGGUCUCGGUUAAGGAGUUGAUUGCGGCGUCGGAUGAGAAGUUGAAACAGGGUGAUAAGUCUGUUAUCAUUAACUAUUACUUCCAGAUGAUGUAUGGAGAGGGAUACAAGGGUGGGGACUUUAUGGAGUUCAACUGGAAUGAACGCUUGGGGUUGAGGAUUAUGUCGGAGGAGGAGUUGAAGGAGACUAUUCGGAAGAUUUUGACUAACUAGGCGGUUGGACUUUUGUGUAUAUAGCUGAGAUAUAUUGCACGUAGUUUUUGCUAAUUGGUACUCUGCUUAUCAGUG